GCAAGUCAUAGGAAAAAUAAAUUAAAUAAAAGGGCAUCACAUUGCAAGUAAGGAGAAUAUUUGUGUGAUAAUAAAUUUAAUAACAUUUCACGUUAUGUGCUCUUAAUUCUUAACAAAAAUAAUUAAUAAACUUCGCUGGCUUUCCAGUGUUGCCAUCUUGCCACCCCAUGUUAAUGUUCCCCUUGGCACCUUCCAUGUUCCCACUUCAAAACCUCUCCUCCAUUAGACUUUCUCACUUAUUAACAACUCCCCAUUAGCCAUCACAAGAAGAAAAAGAAAAAGAAAAAAGAAAAAGAAAAAAAGAAACAAGACAUAAGAUUUUUAUAUAUAUAUAUAGUUGAUAUAUGACUUUAAUUGGUUUACUUUGUGCAUAAGAUUAUCUCCCUGUAGAUAUAAUAACAUGCUUUUUAGUAAUACCGGUACCAUGGCUUUUGUUCCUGCAGCACCUGAAGAGAAUGACCUCCCUCCUUCCUUCCCUAGUGUCUUUCCCACUUCUUGUGCUCCUCAUCAAGAAUUUCAAGGAAUUUCAUCGGUUUUAAUGAGGAGAGCAAUGUCAUUCGACCAUCAAGAUUCACGAGCGGAUGACAUAGACAUGUCCGAUGAUGAUGGCUCUUCACAAUUACUUGGGGAGAAGAAGAGAAGGCUGAAUAUGGAGCAAGUGAAGGCACUUGAGAGAAGUUUUGAGAUUGGUAACAAACUUGAGCCUGAGAGGAAAAUGCAAUUGGCUAGAGCUUUAGGGUUGAAGCCCAGGCAGAUUGCAAUUUGGUUCCAGAACAGAAGGGCAAGGUGUAAGACUAAGCAAUUGGAGAAAGAUUACGAAAUAUUGAAGAGGCAGUGUGAUAAAAUUAAGGCUGAUAAUGAUGCACUCAAGACUCAAAACAAGAAACUUCACUCUGAGUUGCAGUUACUGACUCUGAGGAACAGAGAAUCAGCUGGAGGUACACCAAUAUUGUUUAAUCUGAACAAAGAAAACGAAGGGUCUAACUGGAACAAUGGAAGUGGUGAUGAGAACAGUACAAUAAUAGAUGUAAAUCUUGGAACCACAACAAGAACAUCAUCAACAAGCAGUCCACAUAACAACCAUGAUGUUUACCCAACAGUUAAUUAUAAAAUAGAACAAACUGUCCCUGAAGAAGGAUUUUGCAACAUGUUCACCAAUGUCGAAGAUCAAACUAAUUUUUGGCCAUUGCCAGUGCAGCAACACUUUUACUGAAUUUUAGUUUCUUUUGAAGUUAUUCAAAUUAAACCAUUUUUUCUUGGUCUUAUUGCAAUUUUUUAUUAAUUGAUUGUGUGUAUAGUGAAAUGCACAUAUGUUACUGUACCAGAAUUAUCACGAAAGACUUGAAAGUGACAUUGUAAGAAAUUGGAAAUUGUUAUUAGUAUUUUAAUUUUCAUUAUUGAGAGAGA